AUGGCUGACCACGAUGAUAGAUAUCAUGAUUAUUCAGACUCUGCAGUAGUUAACUUACUUUCAACCCAAGUGAGCAAUAAUAGAGAUUCGAUAGAAUCAUAUCAUGAUAACCCUAGCACAACCUCGAUCGUUACAGGCACGCCACUAUUAUACACUUCCUUUAACGGUCCUGAUGAUGCACAUGCUAUGUGUGGGAGUAAUGACAAUGACGAAGAUAAUGGAUGUCGUAUGGAAAGGUCUUCGAGUCAACCUGUAAAGAAGCUAUGGAUCGCAAUAGUAAUAUCCCUUUUAUUCUUUACCAUCGAACUUGUUGGUGGUAUAAUUGCCGGAAGUUUAGCAUUAUUGAGUGAUUCUUUUCAUUUACUGAGUG